UGAGCGCACAAAUAAACAGGAAACACAGUGUUACAUUUAUCAUUGACUGCAGGUUCAAUAUAAAAUCAUCAUCAAAAUCUUGAGGAUUUAUUCUUUAUUCAAACUUUUGUGUAAAGUGUUUGAUAUUACUUUGAAGUAUGAAUUUAUUUGUGCGACAGAUAACGCUGACGUUGAUGAUUAGUCUAGGGGUAGUUUAUUGCGAGCCACCAUUAAGUAGCCAGUAUGGUGUACCAGAAAAUUUGCCAGUAAGCAACAAUCACGAACUUCAGGGAGGCGUUACAAAUAGCUAUGGUACACCACUUGGAUCAGACCACCAUCAUCAUGAUGAGCAACAGGAUUACAUCGACAAUCAGCCAAAAUCCUACGAAUUUGGAUAUGCUGUUAAGGAUUCAGCAACUGGAAAUGAUUUUGGAAGAAGUGAGACAAGUGAUGGUGAAACUGUACGUGGUGAAUAUCGUGUUCAACUUCCUGAUGGAAGAACACAAAUUGUAACAUACACCGCAGACUGGCGAACAGGUUUUCAUGCUGAUGUUCGAUACGAAGGAGAAGCAGUUUAUCCAGAUCAAUAUAACAACAACAAUGGAUACAACAACAAUGGCUACAACAAUAAUAAUGGCUACAAUAACAACAAUGGCUACAACAACAACAACGGAUAUAACAAUAAUUAUAAUAAUAACAAUGGUUAUAAUUACAAUCAAGGCAAUUAUAAUAAUUAUCAAGGAAACAAUGGUAAUUACAACAACAACAACAAUAACAACUACCAGUAUCAAAGUAAUUCAGACAACUAUAAUAAUGGCUAUGGAAGUUCCAACACGUAUUCAACACCCAGACCAACCUAUGGUACCCCAGACUUCCACUGAAUUAUUCAUUAUUAAACAAAUACAUCCACUUAAUGUUUUUAUUAUUUUUUAUUUCUUGGAAAUUUUUAAUUAACUAAACAAAAAAUAAUAUAUAUUAUUUGACUCAAGUUAAUAGUUUUUAUAAUAUACAUAUAUUUUAAUGGAGGUUUUAAGGAGGGCCAAUAUGUGUUUUUAUUUUAAUUUUAAUUUUUUUCUUCUGUAAUCUUGGCAAUUUACUUUGAGUACUUUAUUUUGUACUUGUACUGUAUAUAAUUUAAUUAUCUUAGGAUUAAAAAGUACUCAAGGUGUGGCAAAAGCUUG